AUGCUCUCUGACUCUGAUGUGCAGUUCCCUGGCUGUCUGUCCUAUAUAGACGGCGCAGUCGUUACACUUUAUUUUGUAGACACAGUCCCUAGUCCUGUUUGCCGGGAGGCGAUCCUUUAUUUGCACCAGUGCAGAGCGCAGAGUGUUCCCCCUUUGGAAAGCUACUCUUAUUUUGACAUAAUCUCCAUCGUGCCGGUGGACUUGUUCUCUUUAUUUUAUGGGAGGGAAAUGGCUCGUUUCCGCGUUUUGCGGCUUUUCAAGGGCUGGAAUACUGUCCGAGCACCCACACCUAGACAGGAGGACGAUUUGGGUCCUCAAAAGCGUGACCGCAAGGCCGCUUGUUUGGCAGGAAAUGCAAAUGCAUUACCAUUUCUGCGAAGCAAUCCGCCACAGGUUCCACCAACAACGUGGAGGGCCAGACCGCUAACCGUUGACCAACCUGGUAUGAGAGACUCUAUGAGUGUCACGGGGACACUCCCCACCUUAAUUCAACGAAUCACUGAGGUCGGCACGUUCUGGGAAACAUUUGACCGGCUAGAUCAACGACUGAAUGCAGGCUAUGCGGUUCGAUUGGCCCGGACUAUCACCUACAUGAUAUUCAUAAUUCACUUAGAGGCUUGCGGUUACUAUGCGUUCAAUCGGAUACAAGGGAUGAAUGCAAGCACGUGGUCCAUUCCCAUGGGAAAGAUUUCACCCUACGUCUAUUCGUUCUACAUUUGUAUGAAGACAGCGACGUCUAUCGGUGCAUUGCCGGCCGCGACCAAUCCCUAUGAAUUCAUGUUUAUGACGUGCUAUUGGCUGAGUGGGAUUUUCGUUUCUGCGAUUCUCAUUGGUCAGACGGCGACGUCUAUCGGUGCAUUGCCGGCCGCGACCAAUCCCUAUGAAUUCAUGUUUAUGACGUGCUACUGGCUGAGUGGGAUUUUCGUUUCUGCAAUUCUCAUUGGUCAGGUUAGUCCCUUGUGGCAGUCAGCUGUUUUUCGUUGGGCACUGUUAUAUCUGCUGUUUCGUCGGCCCGUGGUAUCUGCUGCUGACCCGCUCCAGUGCCCAGUGUCGGAGAGAAAAGACUCACAGAAGGGAACACAACAACUAUAUUCCGAACAAGCGGGUGCAAAAGUCAUCGAUAUUCUAGACUCGGCGAAUGCCAACAAGGUCAACUAUCGCCGCAUUAUGGAUGCAACACUGUCCACCAUGUAUCACUUGCACGCACCAGCUCAAGUGACUGAGAAAGUUCGAACAUGGUUCAUGUACAAUUGGGACCAACAAAAAACGUUCGGUAAGUCAGCUAGGCAGGAUGAGCUGCUGUGUGGUGUUAAAAUAGACGCAUUUAUACACAAAAUACAGAGGUCGAAGUCUGACUCGGCGAAUGCCAACAAGGUCAACUAUCGCCGCAUUAUGGAUGCAACACUGUCCACCAUGUAUCACUUGCACGCACCAGCUCAAGUGACUGAGAAAGUUCGAACAUGGUUCAUGUACAAUUGGGACCAACAAAAAACGUUCGGUAAGUCAGCUAGGCAGGAUAAGCUGCUGUGUGGUGUUAAAAUAGACGCAUUUAUACACAAAAUACAGAGGUCGAACGUCAACAGGUUCACAGGUCUGCCACUGACCGGUACAGUGCAGUGUCAACGCCCGCACACCAAACAAACUACUGAUAACUCAGUAGUGUGGGUUGCGGUUGUCCAUUCCGACGACAGUCUAGGGAUUCUCGUUUGCCGUACGAUCACACGGAACUCACUAGAGGACAUUUGUAGCACCUUUUCGGUGCCUGACUGCCAUGCCACCCGAAGGAGGCACGAGGGCUGGGAUACUGCCAGGUUGCCCAAGCCUAGACAGGGCAAAUCGAGAGGCAGAGGUUGGGUUCGAAACACGGAUCUUCCGGCUAGUAAACUGGCACUCCAACCACUUGAGCCAUCAAGGCUAUAUCCAUAUUACUGGGAAUUUAAAAGUAGCCCGUCUGAUUUGCCAACCUACGCCCCGAUGUGA